AUGCCCUUUGAUGUUUUGAAUGAUGUUUCCAUUCUUGAACUUGCAAAGGCAACUAUACUCCAGAUUGAUUGUGAUGCUGCUGUUGUCAGUACUUGUACUGCAACAUUAGUGUCCAUAGACGCUUACCAAAUGCACCUCAUUGACCACUACCGGGCUAGUGACAAACCAGGCAUGUCAAGAGAGCAGCAUCGGUGCUUGGGAGUCAAAAUUGGGGGCAGGUUUUGCGAUCAACUUUUUCCCACCAUCGAGGAAUUGCGUGACCACAUAGACCGCGCCCACAUAAAAUACCUGAAGACAUGGCCUUGUCCCUUCAGCUCAUGCACCAAUUCAAUUUUCAAAUCACCGUUGUUACUUCAAGAGCAUGUCCAUCUUACGCAUUCGCUGUAUCUGGGACUGCCGAUCAUCCGCCUCGAAGCAUAUCUUCGUCCGUCGUGGCGACCGGCAAGCAUUUCCAGAUCCUCACUCCACCCCCCGCCACCAAUCCCAGGGUCAACGUGUCGACUCCUAUCGGAACUCAUCGCACCUGUUACUCUUCCAAAUAUGAAGCUCCCGAAACCAUUUACCCGACCUUCUACACCACUGUUGUCGUCUCAAUCUUCCACCGCGUUCUCACCUGUUAAAAAGAUUCCACAAUUGGGCUCUAUCGAGAGCAUCCAGAGUAUGCAGUCUACCGAAGAAGACCUCCAUUUGCAAGACCUUGUCCAUCCUUCGAUGGAGAAGCUCAAUAACGGAUCGAUAGUUGUGUGGCGUCGUCCAAGACUACUGGGCCGCGACACUGUGCGGCCGUUACCAAUGUCCAGCGAAAAGCACACAUCGCUCUUCGUCCCCCCUGCUUCAAUCCACUAUGAAGUGUUUAAAAGGCGCAUAAAACAGUUGCGAAAGGAUGGCAUUCUGGAUGCGAGCCAGUCGUAA